CUGAAAUGAAGAAAUUUGUUUAGUAUUCGCCGUUAUGGUGGAAGCGGGGGCUGUGAAUUUGGAUGCUUUGCAUUCAGGAUUAAAAGCUAUAAAAUCUUUACGGAGUACUGUAUUAGAAGUUUUCAAAUUUCUCGGUGAUGGAGCUACAGCUGCCUAUGGUGAUGAAGAACGUGAAAAAUUUAUCAGUGAAGUGCAAAAUCUGUUGACAAAUGUUAGAUCACGGAUGCGAGACCUCGAGACAGCAUCUACAUUAUUGGGAUCCCCAAACUCGCCUCUUACUUUAGGAAAUUCUGGUUUGCUUAGCCAAGAUCCAGCUUAUGAAAAAACACCUUUAUAUACUGAGCUAAUAAAAUCCUACCGUUGGUUUGAUAAAGUUUACGAGCACAGUAAUCAUGCAUGUGCUAUUCUCACUCAGAAUUCUCUAAAACGCUCAAAUAUUAGCCCUAUUUUACAAGCAAAACGAAUACGCCGACCCCAACCCAGUGGUCACAACAUACCUCCUCCGAAUGUUGAUGCUGUCACCUCACAGUUGAGUCGACUUUUUUCUGAUAUGCAAAUCCAAGUUCUCAGACCCUGCGGAUCAUCUACGGUCUUGUUAAUUUCUUUAGCACGAACAUUGAAAGCACUUGUGAUUCUUAGAGGUCUGAUUAUAGAGUGGGUUGUUGUAAAGGGUUACAAUGAAGACUUUUAUACUGAAAAUGACAAACUUGACAUGUGGUCAGGAUCUCGGUAUAAAGUCUUCCAAAAGGUAACAGAUCAUGCAAAUGCUGCAAUGCUACAUUUUUAUUCGCCUCAUCUUCCAGAUCUUGCAGUGAGGUCUUUUAUGACCUGGCUUCGAAGUUACAACACAUUGUUCACUUCUCCUUGUCGCAGGUGUGGUAAUCGCCUUCAUAACAAUAUGCCCCCUACCUGGAGAGAUGUUCGCAAUCUUGAUGUAUAUCAUGAAGCAUGCAGACCAUAAUGAAAUAUUUUUUGUACAAUUCUCAGCACCUUUAAAGUGUUGAUGAAUUAUACUAGCUGAAUCUUUGUACAUAUAUGUUUAUAAUAGCAAUAAAUUUCAUAUUAUCUCAUUGUAA